UUCGUUGGUCAGCAAAGUAUCACAAUAAUCGGAUCCCAAGACUGGUUGGAUGUGUGCGAGUCUAACAUUGUGUUCAUCGCAAACAUUCCCAUAGGAUAUCCCAAAACUGAUUUCGUGUCUCAUUUCGAGACUUACGGCAAAGUGUUGUCCACAAAGUUUGUCGACAGGACUGGUGUCUCAUUUGCUUUCAUUCAUUUCGAUUCUGGACUUCAGAUUAGCUAUGAUUUAGUGUUGAGUUAUUACAAGAGUUUUUGCACUAAAAUCUCUGAUUUGAGUCAAUAUUUCGGCGAAGACUCGACUCUUUUCGAAGACAUCGGCAACACUUCCAUCGCUUUCGGCAAACGAGAGAUCGUUAAACAAAUUGAGGACCACUUUUGGUCAUCGGAUCUCUCAUUAGUCGCAGCAAAAGACUCUGACUGUCAGUCCGCAGACAUGUCGUCCACUGGAAUUAAUCCGUUCGAAGACAUGCACCAAAUCUACGGCACACUGUAUUUGGGCUGUUUUGAGGCCACACAAGACCGACAGGCGCUCAUAGACUGCGGCAUUCGUGGGAUACUGACGGUUAUGUGCGCUCCGGUGCCGCCAUUUGAGAGAUACAGGGAUUUUAAGUAUCACUAUAUAGAGGCCGACGAUGUGACAGAUCAGGAUCUGUUGACCCGCUUUGUGGACGCGUACGACAUCAUCGGCACGUAUACGCGGGCAAAGACAGGCGUUUUGGUGCACUGCGGCGCCGGUAUCUCCAGAUCGGCGACAAUUGUGGUCUCAUAUCUGAUGCGCGAACUCCGGAUGACUCUCAAGGAGUCUAUGGCUUUCGUCCGCACCAAACGUCCAAUUAUCAGACCCAACGAUGGCUUUCAGCGACAGUUAUCUCUAUACGAGUGGAUGGGCUGCAGAUUGGAUGGAAAUGACCGCCGAUUCCGACAAUAUCUGUUGAAAAUGUUUGUGCCGUCCAAUUGUCGCCAAUUGAGUCAAUACUUCGAGCGAUUGCUUUAUGUCGAGAACUCGACGGCGAAUCUACGGUUGGGACCCAAGUUUGUGUGCAAACAUUGUCACCAAAAGCUGUUCCACGAAAUACAUGUCCUUAAGAGCACGGACUCGACCACCGACUGGACCUGUGGUGACCUCUUUAUUGAACCCCAAAUCUGGAUGUCUAAUGCAAUUCAAUCGUUGGCAAAGUCUGUGGCAAUCAUAAAGUGCCAGAAUUGUGUCAAAACUGUGGCCAAAUGUCUGCGAAACCAAGAGGUCUGCAAUUGCAGACACCAUCAAAACGUCCACUUUCUUAAGAUUAAAUUAUACGACCAGAAGUGGAUUAAGGAAAUG